AAUGCACAAUUGACGCAUUACCACCACUUCGCCCACCGACCAGGACACGACAGUACACUCCUGCUGCUUAUAGGACCAACAUCAGCAUGAAGACUGUGGUAGCAUUGACGCUUCUCAGCCUUGUCUGUGUGGAAGGAUGGCUCUUUAGUGAGGAUGCUGAGUGGAACGACCUCAAAGUGACAUGGGGUUUGAACCAGGUGUUCAGCUCGACCGUGUUCGACUCCCUCCCCCGUACGGAGAGUGACGCCCUGGCGGAGGGGUGGGUCGACUUCAGCCAUGGCGCAAGUUGCGACGGAGAUUUUUACCGCGGGUCCCGCUACAUCAAGGACAACGACCCCGCGGUCAUGCUGCUGUUCGACAAGAACGGCUACAUCGCUGGUAUCCAGAUGGGGGCCCGCAAAAACGAACUCUCUGCCAACAUUCCCGCUCCCCAAAUCAUGAACAUGUGGAACGACGAUGGUGACAUGUUGGUGAUCACCGCCUACUUCAUAGACCCAGCAUCUGUCUGCACCGGCCGUUCGGACGCAACCUUCACCCUGGAGGGUACCGGCGUGGGUCUGUACCUGCAGACCGGUACCAACCCUGAGACCGACUACGAGCUGAUCCCCAGGGACGAGGAUAAUCUGGCCACGACCCUCUGGACCAAGGGCGGCUGCUUCUACACCAUGGGCCAGCACUACUGGUACGACACUUCCGCCGACAUGGACUGUGAAGACUUCUUCCCUGUCUUCCUGCUGUACAACUCCGGCAGGCUGAACGGAUUCGGCUGGAACAUCAAUGCCGACCUGACCAGCAACCGCUACGAGAAGCCAGCUGUAGAUUCACUGAGUAUGUUCUUCCAGGACACCCCAGCCUGUUUCGUACAGCACGCCCAGCGUGGACUGACCACCCAGCACAUCUACCUGGACGAUUCCCCCAGCUUCAACUUCUGUUAGACACAACAGAUAUCUGAAGUCCUGCGGCGUAUCACGUCUACAACACAUCUGUCUGGGCUGCACACAAGCAUGAAUUCCGUUAUUAGUCAUAAUUUUU